AUGUAUGGUAAGUCGGCAAUCGGUUCGGAAUCAGAUUUGGUUCGGCCUAGCCAUGUUUCGCAAAACACACUUUUGCUUAGAGAAGGAUGUAAACUGGAUAGCACAUUUUCCGUCAUCGGUUUGCGAGGAAGUUCAGAUAUGCGUUUGAGUGUACGCGUUGGGAACUACGAGCUGUACUGUCAUGUGGCAAAGGAAUUCUAUACAUUGCAAAAAGGUGCUGUCGCUCAGCACAUUGCCAGAGCCGAGAACCUGAAAGGUCAACUGAUUGAAAGGAGCAUUGAAUCUUUGGCAACAACCAUUCGUUUCGUCAUGCUGAACUGCCGAACACUAUCGAGUGAACUCCAACAAGCCGCUCUAUCCAGACUUCUGAGAUAUCUCUGUGUGCCUUUUGCUGCACUGCAGGAAACACGCAUAAGAAAUCGGGCCGUCAUCAGCAUCGAAAAUUACACCAUACACUGCGGUGAUGCUGAUGAGAACAAAGUAGGUGGCUGCGCGAUAGCUGUGAGGAACGAUUACAAAAACCUGGUGGAGGAAUUUGGCUCAACGUCGUCUAGAUGCGCCUUUCUACGACUGCGGGAUCGUAGAGGACGUAAACUCUGGAUCGUAAGUGCUCACGCACCUACGGAAAUCGCUGAGGACAACAGUAAACACGCCUUCUAUGAUGAACUCAAUGCGUUGAUGUCUAAAAUACCAAACCAGCAGCAAUCCGAUGUGCUUGGAAAAUGGUAUUAUCCAGCGGAGCGCACGUCGGACAACGGUGACCGUGCGAACAGACGAGCCUCAUCAUCGUCUCCACGUUUAAGAGGAAUCAUCGACGCCAUCAGCUCACGUGGCAGGGGUCAACCCUUUUCACGCCUGGAGAGCAGCGCAAGCAAGCGAAAGAUGAGGACUCUUAGGCUUCAGCUCGACUACGUUCUGGAGAGGAACAUUCCUCAGUCAGAUAUCCGAAAAUCUAGAGCUGUUUGGGACGUCGCGUUCGACUCUGACCACCACCCAGUUCUUCUCAGCUUUAAGAUACGAUUCCACAAGAGAAACCGAGGAGUUCCUGUUCAACCAAAAAUCGACAUGGCAGGUCUGAAAGACGAUGAAUGCAGAACAAAAUUCCGCCAACGUGUGUCUAUUCAUGUUGGAGUACGGACCAGGAAGAAGCUUAGCGAUGCGGAUUCCUUCACAAUGUGCAUUCAGGACGCUGCAAGGGAAACGCUCCCGGUUCUAUUGCCGCAGAAGAAGUUUGCCUUUGCAUCUGCGGAAACAAAAUCCACAUACAAUUCUGUAUGUGUCGCGUGCAGCGCUGGUGAUUUCAACCAGGAAAAGCGUCUUAGAAGGAAGCUGCGUAGUCAACUGCAACAAGAUCGCGAUAACGAGUGGACGUCAAGAGCGAUGGAGUUUGAGAAGGCGUGGGAGGAGAGGAACCCGCGGAAAGCCUAUGCUCUACUAAAACAGUAUAGCGGCAAAAUGAAAAGAUGUUCUCCUGUCCUCAAUACUGGCAAUGGAGUAGCUGUCGGUGAAGCAACCCUUCCAAUUUUGAGGGAACACUUCAAUACCUUGCUGAACCAACUUGCACCGUCAGCUCCUGAACUCGAACACGUUCAUAGACCGACAUAUGCGGUUAACGAGGAGCCGCCGACCGAGUCGGAGUUCUUGGUCUGUACUCAAAAAAUGAAGAAUGGAAAAUCUUGUGGAGACGACGGGAUUAACGCAGAAAUGCUAAAAUAUCUUUUUCCGUCUGGGAUUCGUGGAAUGACAAAGAUCAUCCGUUCAAUAUGGACAGACGAAAUUAUACCUGAUUCGUGGAGACACGCUAUCAUAAUUCCUUUCCACAAGAGCUUAUCCGCCACUGAACUUAGGAAUUAUCGAGGAAUCUCCUUGUUGCAUGUUAUGGACAAAGUACUGGAGCGGAUUAUCCUGGACAGACUUAUUAAGCAUUGCGAAGAAACUACACGCAGCGAGCAAGCUGGCCUUCGUCCUGAGUGA